GGCAAUAGACCUGAUCAACGACCCACAAGCGCUGGCUGACCGCCUUCUGCAACGGGUCUCGAAGGGCGGCGAGCCCUUCCUCUUCAGGCUUCUGCUGCUACACCUCGUGGCUCGUCUCGUGGGCCGGCACGAGCUGCUGCUGCUCAACCUGUACCCUUUUGUGUUGAAGUACCUCGUGCCAACUCAGCGCGAGGUGACCAAAGUGCUGGCGUGCUUGGUCGAGGCCUGCCAUAAGCAGAUCCCGCCAGACGAGCUGAGGCCCGUGGUCAUGCACGUCAUGAACUCCUUCGUGACAGAGGCCGCGCCGCACGGUGAUCCCGGCCGGCCCGCCGCCCGCGCUCGUGAGCCAGCGCCGGUGGCGGCGUGCGCAGCCCCGCGGGCAGGGCGGCGUCUUGUCUUUGGGUCCCCGCGGGCCGUCGCUCUGCCGGGCCUCCCCGGGAGCCCGCGGAGGUGGAGACAGUUGUGCGCUCCGCAGCCCCGCGGGGAGCGCGGUGCCCCGUUGGGGUCCCCGGCGUGCCGGCUCGCCGCGGGACCUCCAGGGCCCGACGGGAGGGGCCGCGCAGUUCGCCGCCCCGCCAGGAGCGCGAGGCCUCGAUGGGGCCCCCGCCCGUCCGCCG